AUGAGCGAAAGCCUCGCACAAUCGCUUGGAAUCCGUUCCGUAGCGCCAGCUGUCAUCUUCGCAAUCCUUUACAUCCCUUUGAUCCCAAUAUUCCUGCUUAAGCUUAGGAAAAGAGCCUCCAAGCUCCCCGUCGUCCUGUUGACAUUCUGUGUCAUUCGAGUAGCAGUGUUCAUAAUACGCGCCAUUCUCACCAGUAAUUCCACUAUGGGAAACAACGUCGAUUUAUUACACGCAGACGACGUCUUAUUAUCCAUUGGCUUCUUCGGUUUAUUAUUGGGGGCGUACACGCUAGUCGUAGAUCGCUUGAAUAUUUACGAUCCCGCACCUCCUAGCCCACUAUCUCUCAUUCGUAACCAACAUUUGUACCGCCUGAUCGCGCUUGUAGCCGUCAUUUUGGGUAUCGUAGCCAUUACGGGCCCUACGGAUGAGGCAACAGAAAAGGAAAAGACUUUGAAGAUAGUCAGCACUAUUAUAUUCCUCAUCCUCACGUUGCUUCAGACAUUCCAGACGAUUAUGUUGGUGCGAGUGGAGAGAUCUGGAUCUGUCUCUGAAUCUCGUUCGUCAUCAUUCGGCUCGAAACACGUUUCCAUCAUUCUCCUCCUUCUCUCGUUUAUGCUCCUAGUCAGAGUGGUAUUUGACACCGCUACUAUGACCGAUCCUGAGAAAGCAGACAACGAGAAAUUCUGGUACCCACUCGUUGCGCUUCCAGAAUGGAUCUGUGCUUGCUUGUACGCUAUUCCGGGGGUUAUUCUAGAUUUGGACGAGGUGAAACCAAACGCCGCGUUUGCCUAUGUUUAG